UGUCUGUGCGCCAAGCCCCCGACCCGCCCGGUGUCACCGUGUCACCGUGUCACCGUGCCCGGGGUCUGCGGGAGGAGACCGUGGCAGAGCUGGGAGCAUCCUCCCUGCUGGGAGCAUCCCAGUCGGCAGAGGCGAUGCCCGGGCUGCACGGGCAUACAAAGCCCCUUGCACUGGAGUCAGGACGGUGUUGUGGCAGAGGGACGUGUCCCUGCUGUCGCCAGGAGCGAGCGGGGCUGAGGGCUGGCUGGCCCUGCCGUGGGGCUCGGGCAGGUGCCGCUCGGGGCGUUUGUCUUUGCAGAUCCCAACCGUGCGGUGCUGCCGGCGCUGGCGGAAGAGUUUUGGGAGGGAGAUGAUGACAGGCUGAUGAAACCAAUCAAACAAUGAAGUAAUCAUAAAUCCCCGGUGCUGGCGGCGAAGGCGGGAGGAGCUGCAGGCUGGAGGAGCUGAGGUCCUAACGAAGCCAUCCUGCUCGGCAGCAAAACCCCGGGAGGCCGAAGCUCUGAAAGGCAGCCAAGGUCCUGUCACUGGGGCCGAUGGACAGAGACAGCCCCGUGUGGAUGAGGGCAGGGAAAAUCCUGCCGGCAGCUCCGGGAGAGCGGUGCGGAGGGCACAGGGAACGGUGGCAGGAAGGAGGAGUGGUGCCUCCCCGGGGAGAGUCUUGGCACUGCUUUGUUUGCUCUUCCCGAAUUGGUCUGUGAAACCUGAAUCCUGGGACCAAAGGCUCAGGAAGCUUGUCACAGGCUGCUGGCCAUGACGGGAGAUGGUUCCUGCACCGGGGGACACCAUGGAUGGCUGUGACAGGGCCUGACCCUGCCCUGCAGCUGGAACAUCUGCACUGGGAGAGCAGCUCCUGCGACUGGGAGCCCGUGCCUGGCUGGGCGCUCAUUGGCUUUGCCGAAGACAAUCCUGCUGCCAAGCAGGCUGUUCUGGUCGAGGCAAGGAGCUGCGCAACCAUGAGCGCGGGCUCGAUUGAGCAGGAGCCGUCGCGCAAGCUGGGCUGCUGCGGGGUGCCCCUGAUCACCGAGGACAUGCAGUCCCUGGCCAUCCGCACCCUCUCGGGCACCGACAUCACCAAGCACUAUGACCUCAUCCGCGAGCUCGGCAAGGGCACCUACGGCAAGGUGGACCUGGUGUCCCACAAAAGCACAGGCACCAAGAUGGCCCUGAAGUUCGUCAACAAGAGCAAGACGAAGCUGAAGAACUUCCUGCGGGAAUUCAGCAUCACCAACACACUCUCCUCCAGCCCCUUCAUCAUCAAGGUCUUUGAUGUGGUCUUCGAGACCGAGGACUGCUACGUCUUCGCUCAGGAGUAUGCCCCUGGUGGGGACCUCUUCGACAUCAUCCCGCCUCAGGUGGGGCUCCCCGAGGAGCUGGUGAAGCGCUGCGUGCAGCAGCUGGGCCUGGCCCUCGACUACAUGCACAGCAAGAGCCUGGUGCACCGGGACAUCAAACCGGAGAACGUGCUGCUCUUUGACCGCGACUGCCGCCGCGUCAAACUGGCCGAUUUCGGCAUGACCCGCAAGGUGGGCUGCCGGGUCAAGCGCAUCAGCGGCACCAUCCCCUACACGGCGCCCGAGGUGUGCCAGGCCGGCCGCGCCGAGGGCUUCGCCGUGGACACCAGCAUCGAUGUCUGGGCUUUUGGGGUGCUCAUCUUCUGCGUCCUCACCGGGAACUUCCCCUGGGAGGCGGCGGUGGCGUCCGACGCCUUCUUCGAGGAGUUUGUGCGGUGGCAGAAGGGGCGGCUGGCGGGGCUGCCCUCGCAGUGGCGCCGCUUCACGGACAGCGCCCUGCGCAUGUUCCAGCGCCUGCUGGCCCUCGACCCCGAGAAGCGCUGCCCCGUCAAGGAGGUUUUCUACUUCAUCAAGUGCGACCUCAUGGCCGAGGUGCGGUGCCGGCCCUCGUACCGCUCCCGCAAGCACGCCAGGGACAAGCUCCCGGCCGGGCCCCACUGCCACGAGGCCGGCGGCUCCUGCACCCCCGCCCCGCUCAAGAGGACCGUCCUGACCGAGGCGAGCGGAGCGCGCGGCCCCGAGCCCGGCGCAGCCGCCCCGGGCACAGCGAGCAGGACAGACGGACGGCAGGACAAGGGCAAGGGGCAGAUGGUCCUGGCCACAGCAAUAGAGAUCUGCGUGUGACGGCCGUGAGUGGCGGCUGCGCGACCCGCCCCGUGCCCCCGCCCGGGGACAGGGAUGGGGGAGCGCGUCGAGGUGGCGGCACGAGCCGGGACCGGGCUCUGGGUUUCCCAAAGGAAAAAAAAAAAAAAUAGGAAAAGAAAAGAAACACAGUCGAAGAGGAAAAGGACAGAACUGGUUGCGCUCUGUAGCGCCGAGGAUGCCGACCCCCCCGUCCUGCCUGGGCGAGGCCAGUGCCUGGGGAGGCCAGGGGCACCCACAGCCCUGUCAUGGCUGUGCUGCCCCCUCCAAGGCUCUCCCAGUACGGGGAGGACGAGUCGGGGGCAGUGGCUGGUGGGUGGCCCACUGGCUCUGCCCCCACCCCGUGCUCGACCCCUGUCCGGGGAGCGGGAAGGCCAAUGACCCUGCACCGUGGAGGAGGCCUUUGGGGAGGUUUGGGUGGGUGGUGAUUUGCCCUCUUCCACUGGUCCCUGCCGCACUGCUGGGGACUGGGAGGGGCUGGGGAGGUGGGUGAUGGGGAGCCGGGGGGUGCCGGCAGCUCCGGACCCCCGGCAGCCCCGGCUGCCUCCCUGCUGUGGGAGGUGCUGGCAGCCAUUGAUGUAGCAAGUGUCCCUGUCUGUGUGUCUGUGUGUCCCAGCCACUGCCCCUGGCAGCCCCUGUCGCCCUGCCCUGCCCCGCACGGCUCAGGCCCUGCCGGAGGGAUGGGUCCGUCUGGCCGGAGCCGCGCUCGGGGCUGUGCCCGGUGGGCACGGUGGCGCCCAUCCCGCAGGUUGGAUGCCCGGGGCCGGGCUGGCUUCCCCGUGGCCGCUCUGCAGCCCCUUUGUACCCCGGGACGGGAGGGGAUGGCAGCGGUGCCUCCCAGGCUGGCCUGCAGAGCCCGGGAGCAGGGCAGGGAGCUCCGAGCGACCUCCCGCGGGCCCGCCCGCUUCUCUGUGCUGUCCCCAUCACCCCUCCUUGCUGUCACCCCUCAAACCUGUCACCCUCCCCUGGGGCUGGCGGGGAAGCGGCAGCGGGAUAGACCCUGCCGGGGCAGGCUGCGGCGAGGCAGGGAGUGCUGGCAGCAGCCACUGGUGGCCCCUUAGUGACAAGGUCCUGGGGUGUGUGUGUGGAGGUCACACCUUCCCUCCUGGAUUUGGGCACCCAGCAGAGCGGGGAGCUCACCCACACCACCCUGCUGUGGUUCCGGCUCCCCUCCCAUGGGGUGGGUGCCGCGGGGCCGCCCCGGUGCCCCAAUUCCCCACAAAGGGCUAUAACGCUUUCCAGCAGCAGCAGCAGCAGUUUACAGAGCAGGGGCCGCCCCCAGCCCCCGCCGUGCCCCCAUCCCCGGCACCCCCGGGCCCGGCGUUAGACGUAGCAUUGCCCCACGUAGAGAGCUAGGCACCGGUUUUACUCCUCUUUGCCUUAGGUCCCUCGAUGUCCUCGAUCUUUCGUGCAAUAAUGUAGAUAAGGGAUCCCGGGCGCCCCGGGAGGGCUCGGUGGCACCGCCCGGGGUGUGUCCCAGGGGGUGCCCGAUGUGAUUUCUGUCCCCGUCGAGGUCGCUGUGUCCGUAGGUUGUCAGGUUUUUAUUUCCAGUUCCCUCAGCUGUCGGGUUUCGGACCUUCUUCCCGUAGGAGAGGCUGUAGUGUCACAGACGUUACCUCAGUUUGUCACUGUUGAAAAGGAUUUAAAAAAACCACAACUGAAACCAUAAAAAAUUACAAAAUACAUAGUUAUAAAAGCAACAAAAAAUUUC